AUGAUAGCUAAAACUAUCCCUGAAAUAGAAGCUUAUUGGAAUUAAUUUUCUUAAAAUUAUGUCAAUAUGUAUAAUGGUAGCAGUACUUUUUACUUAUCACUUAUAAACAUGCUUUAAAUUUAGAAUCGUAAUUGCAUAUUAGAAGUAGGAGCUGGAUCUGGAUUCUUGUUUCAUCAUACAAUGAAUUAUAAAAAAUCUGAAGCAAAAUAUGUGGCAACAGACUUAUCUGAAAAUAUGCUUUAAUAUAUCUUGAUGAGAUUGAAUAUAAAAGAGGCCUUUAAGGAUAAAUACUUCAUCUCAAGUUAUAAUUUAACUAUAGAGAAAGCCAAUGGAGAAGAAUUGCCUUUUCUCGAUGGUACAUUUGAUUGUUAUAUUGCUAAUCUAUGCUUAUAAAUAACUAACGACCCAGCUAAAAUGCUAAAGGAAUCUUAUAGGGUAUUGCAAAAAGGAGGAGUAGCUGGCUUUAGUGUUCAAGGAGAUAAAGAAAAGUCAUCCUUAUUUACAAUUAUAUCUGAUAUUCUAACAGAAUAUGGAUGUUUAAAUACUUAAAUAAGAAGUAAUUUUCACCUCAACAACAGAUAGAAACUAAUUUAAAUGAUGGAAGAAGCAGGUUUUACAAAUAUUAUAUGUUGGGAUCAAUUUUCUCCUUAUCAUAUCUAGAUUGAAGAUAUGCUUAAUUAUUUAGAUUCUCCAAAUAACACUCUUGCUCUUUAAAAAGCAGGCCAAAAUGGCGAUGAAAUUAAAUAAAAAAUAUAAGAAAAGUUAAAAGAUUUGAUUAACAAUAAAAAACUUCCACUUGGUUUAGAUGCAUUACUGAUAAUAGGUGUUAAAAACUGA